AAAAGUUGUGAAAAUCAAUAAGUUCCAACUAAUAAAUACAAAAUUCAGUAUACAUUUUAUUGAAUAAAAAAUAAAAAAAUAAAAAACAAAUUUUGUUAUAUCAUCGGGAAACGAACGAUCAGAUGGUUGUGAAAUAAACGGGACGUCGCCGUGCUGUUGUCCGCCAUUUUUGUGUUUGAUUUCUUCGUCUGCAUCGUAUUUCUGUUUGCGUCUUCUGGUCGACGCGCUUCAUUAUUAGAUCAUCAUUUUUGAAGGUUGGAAUUUAUAAAAAAAAACCCUAAACUAUUAUAAUGUCAGAAGUAUCUGGAUUUAUUGAUGAAGAAAGUAUAAAAGUUUUUAUUUUACAUGUGAAAUAUAGGUAGAUUUGGUUGGAUAUUAAUCGAAGGACACCCUAUUUCAAUCAUCACACGGAUAAUUAAUGGAGAACAUUUAAAGUUUGUGUCCGUGUUGAUGGCAGAAAUGCUGCUAAUUAGGAACUAUUUACACUAUUUUAAUCCAGACAUUUAUAAAUGUUUUUCUGUGAAAGGUUACUAUAUUACCAAUUCUGAAGCAAAAAUAUUAAACUAUAUCAAUAAACAGUUUUAUUCAAGUAUGUUUCAUGAAUUCAUUGCUGGAAAAGAUUGCAUUGUCCGUUUAGAAGAUGCCCAGGAGUUUUAUAAAUUUGUAUGUGUGUGUUAUAACAAAAUACAGUCAAAUAUUAAUGACCACAAAAUACAAUUUGGUUGUAUUAAAUUUUUCUCACGUUUUAUUCCAUACUAUACUAAAGAGGGCCAAAAAUAUCUUCCACUUUUCUAUUUUACAAAUCCAAAUGACCCAUCAAUAGGAGAUGUGGAACUUAAAAAUUGGGAUUUAGCUUAUCUUAAGUUUUGUUUCAAAGUUAUGGGCAUCUUUGAUCAAUUAUAUAAUAUGGACUCUUGCACUGUAAUCAGCCUUAAUAAUAUUAAGAACUAUUAUCCAUCAGAAAAAGUUUAUGAGGAUUUUUGGCCUGAAGACGUGUCUAAUAAUUCACAUAUAAUCAAUCUUAAUAAACAUUACAAUAAACCAGGUGUCUGGAUUACAAACCACGUUGAAGUUUAUUCUGAAAAUACUUUGAACCAAUUAGGUUCUUCAUUUAUGCCACAAAAAAUUAGUUCAGCUAACAAUAAUACGACCCAAGUAAAUCAUUCUGAACCAGUUAAUGCUAAUUCUGUAUUAUAUCCCAAUAAUACUUCUAAUAUUCAAUAUGAUCAAUCCACCAGUAGUGAAGUCUCACAGCAGCAACAACAACAACAAAUUCAAUCGUUAACAUCCCUCUUCAGCAAUUAUACAAUGGAUGAAUAAUAAAAUUUAAGAAAAUAUUGCCUUAGUUAAAUUAAAUUGUUGAUUUAAUGAAUGACUAACUCAUUAAUAUGAAUCGUCUAAUUUUACCUAAUCGUCUUAUUGAUCUUGCGCUUAUCAUUACAACAAUAUUUGGUAUUGUUUUCAAAAAUUUUCUAUUUCUUAUCAGAUUUAAAGCUUUUUACGACCUUUAUAAAUCCCUGUUCAUAUUUGUAUACUACAUGAUGUUAUAAAGCAUUACAAGUACCCGUUUUUUUUCUUUAUUUCAUAGCGGUUGCAAUUACGGUUAUUUUAUAGCCGUAAGUAUAGGAUUUUUACUCAAAUUCUGUUCGUAUUUAUUUAGUUCUGUUUUUGAUUCAAUAAAUUGCGUCUUUACAUUUUUAUUGUAUUAUUAUUCUCAUUAUUCUCAGUAGCUAAACUUGUAGAUAUGUCUUUAACCACAGGCUGUGCUCUAUAUCUUUAAAGUGUUUCUCAACAAAGUUUUUAUUACACAUGACUAUAUUCAUAUAUUUAGUGGUUCAUAUAUGCCUACAUAAAACAUAUUUAUAUGUUAAUUGAAUUCACAAAUUAAUAGUUACAUAGAUGCACCAUGAGUCUUACCUACUGAGUAUGGUAUAGACAAUUUACAUUUGAUAUUGAAUACCUACGUUCAAUUGUAUAUUACUUUGUAAAACAUACACACUAACACAGUGUAUUUUGUUGUUAUAUUUAUGUAAUUAUAUUAAAUAAAUAUUAUUUGUAUUAUAAACUAUAAUAUGUAAUUAAUAAGUGAUAUUAAAAAAAAAAUUGUGGUACUACUAUAAUUUUUAUGUAUAAUAUAAAUAAUAUUUAAAGCAAUAAUAUUUUAUGUUUUG